AUGUCGAUCCAAAAGCCCACCGAUCUUGAGCGAGAUCGUCGCCCUCGGAAGGCCCCGCCUCGUACAGGUGGCGUCCAAAGUGUAAGCAGCACAGCUGGCAGCACCAUCGGCAUGUCCACUUAUGCUGUUCGAGAAGCACCACUGGGGUCUGCUAGGCGCAUUCGUGUCGUUGGCAUUGGUGCUGGCCCUAGUGGCAUCAACAUGACUCGCAGACUGCGACUGCAGCUGGACAACUAUGAGCAUGUCAUCUAUGAGAAGAACUCUGAUGUGGGUGGAAGCUGGUACGAGUCAAGAUAUCCGGGCUGUCGUUGUGACAUCCCAAGCCACAACUACCAGUUUUCCUGGCGACCCAAGAAGGACUGGGCCAGCUUUUUUGCCGCGGCUGAAGACAUUGGCGCCUAUCUGGGCCGCGUCUGCGACGAAGAACACAUGCGGGACAUUAUCAAGACUGAGCACCGGGUGGCAGCCGCCACUUGGGACGAGACCCGAGGCGUGUGGCUCCUCACCAUCGAGAACAUACGUACCGGCAAACAAUUUGACGAUUAUGCCCACUUUCUCAUCGAUACAUCGGGUAUCUUGAACAAAUGGAAAUGGCCCGACAUCGAAGGGCUCAACAGCUUCCGAGGAGAUCUUAUCCACAGUGCUCGAUGGCCGGCUGAGUUCGAAUACAAGGACAAGGUCGUGGCCGUCAUAGGAAACGGCUCGUCGGGCAUCCAGAUCGUGCCCGCCAUACAGCCUGCCGUCAAACAGCUGGUCCACAUUGUGCGCACGCCUGCGUGGAUUGUCCCUCCACAUGUCCAGGUUUUCUCCAUGGGCGAGGCUGGCCAAGUGCUCCGGGACAUCGGCCUGGAUGAAGAAGAGAACUUUGCGCCGAGUCAGAUCGAGCGCUUCAAGAACGACCCGGCCUUCUAUCGAAAGUUUGUCAAGGGCAUCGAAAAGGAGGUGAAUAACACAUUUCCCAUCAUUCUGAAAGACGGCCCGACACAGGCUUAUGCACAGCAACAAGUGCGAGCAUACAUGACAGCCAUGCUGGGCGGCGACGAGAAGCUCUGCGAGGCUCUAAUACCAGACUAUCCCCUUGGCUGCAAGCGGUUGACUCCUGCCCCAGCAUACCUGCAGAGUCUCACUCAGCCGAAUGUCAAGGUCGUCACUGAGGGUGUGCGACGCAUUGUGCCAGACGGAAUCGAGCUGCUUUCUGGGGAGGUACUGAAAUUGGAUGCCAUUGUCUGUGCCACUGGCUACGACGUUUCUUUCUGCCCACGAUUUCCUCUGCAUGGUCGCAAUGGCAACCUGCAGGCCCUGUGGCGCGAGAACAUCCCUCAAGCCUACAUGUCCUGCUCCAUACCAGGGGUGCCCAACUAUUUCAGUGAGCUCCUCCCAAGAGAUGCCAUCCACGCCAUGUUUCUGACAAGCCCACUUGCAGCAUUCCUCGGCCCCAAUGCCCCCAUCGGCCACGGCAGCACCUUCACGCUCGGCGAACAUAUUGCCAAGUACGUCGCCCGUGUGAUUCACAAGUGCCAGACCGAGGGUAUCAAAGCAAUUUCUCCGUCGCAGUCUGCCGUAGACGACUACAACGAACACAUACGCGCCUUCAUGCCGCGAACAUCGUGGUCCUCUUCGUGUCGAUCUUGGUACAAACGAGGUCACGAUGAGCCUGACGGGUUGGUCACUGCGCUGCAUCCAGGCAGCCGCAUACACUUCUUCCACAUGCUUGAAGACUUCCGCGGCGAGGAUUUUGACUAUGUGUAUGUCACGGAUGCGGAAGAAGAUGGGAAGCCUAGUCGUAGCAACCGUUUCCGCUAUCUCGGAAAUGGCUUUUCGACCAAGGAGCUCGACCCGACAUUCGAUACCACUUGGUAUCUCGACAAUCCCGCGUUGUCAGGUGUUGAGCCCCCGCCCAGAGCGGCGCCAGGCAGGGCGCUGAUACUGUCAAAACUAUGA